UCAAAUUUCGCAAGGAAUUGCAGGUUCAGUCGCGUUUUUGAACUGACAUGCAGCCUCAUACAAUCAGAAACCUUGGAGGAAAACCAAGAUCGGCGUGACUUGUUACCUCAUUUUACGAGGAGGCGGCAAGGAGGAUGGGUUGCGGUUCAGUAGCCCAGCGGCUCCUGUCGCUGCUCUCAUUUCAUGUUGCAACCGCGCACUCCAUCGCAGCCUGGAGCGAGGCGAUGCUGGUGACGGAGCCGCCCAGGCCCCAAACAACCCUGUUUCCGUAUGUUGAAGUCGCUAGGAGGGUGGAUUCGAGUUUCAUCGGGCCUGUCGACCGAGCAGACUUUAUUGGCUACAAGCUGAUGGCUGACGGAAGCUUCUCGGCAGAGUUCUGCUAUACCCAGGGUGACACUGUCACGACAAUCAACACCGUCAUCGAUUGCUGCCCACCGGGAAAAAGCUGUUACGCCGGGAUAGGCUGUAGCGCAUCGUAUCUGAUCAACUCGAUACUCACAUCCCCGGCUACAGACAAGACUACAAAAUCAGACUGCGCAGCGUUUGCAGUGCCAGGAACCACCUGCGAAACUCGCUUAGUGCACGAGGACCUACAGGUUGCAGAGGCGUCCACCACUCAGUAUGGAACCCGCUAUGUAUGGAUUGGUUGCGGGAACCAGCCGGUCCCAGGGUUGGGCACUAGGGAUCGCUACUACCGAACUUUGACGGCUGGGGCCGAAGGUAUGUAAUACUACUACCCAACACCGUGACGCCGGGAAGACUUUCAUUCCCUCGCUGACGACAUGGUUGCGGGUGCUAUGUUGCAGUCAACCUCACUCUACCUACGUGGUCCGUUGGUGAAACACGAACAACGACCUCUUUCCUUGGUGCCCCUUCUGAAAUCUCUUCAUCCACAUCUCCUGGGGCUUCAGCCACGGCCAAAACGGACCCCACAAGCGGCUCCGUCUCUACGGGGAACCCUUCUCAAUCCGGCGCUUCUACGUCGCUUGGGGCUGC